UUCAAUAAAGUAUAAGAAAUAUUAAAAAAGAAUUUAAGAUUAUUUUUCUCUUGAAAAUAAUACCAUAUAAUAAAUUUCGCUUUAUAAAAUUUAAAAAAAUGUCUAAAAAAAUUUUAUAUGAGUUUUUCUUAAUUUGGCAUUUAGGUCAAGUUUUAGUUGUAUAUUGUGAUACUCAAAGUGAAGAUUUCAAAAAAUACGUAAUUAACUCAUUAAACCACAUUCGUGUUCAAAAUGGAUGGCAUUCAAUUCAACAAACAGAAAUUAAACUUGAGCACUUCAUAAUUAACACCAAUAGCAUCACGAGUGAAAUUAUCGAUGUAAAUAACUUUAUACAAAAGCUCUUCUUUAUAACUUGUCUCUUAAAUUGUGAAUAUACCAACAUAAUGCAAACUUUCAAUGUAAUGUUAGGCCUUAUUUUAAAUAAGUGUGAAAUGCAUAUUUUUAACAAUCGAUGUUUUCAAUUGAAAUAUUGCACAAAGCUAAUAAUUAAUAUUUUUAAUUGUUCAAUAAAUAUGUUUAAAAAAAUGUUGAAAACAGCAAAAUACCUCGACAACAUCGACCUACGAAUUAUAGACUCGACUACUCUUAAUAUUAAAACUGUAGAUAGUGAAAUAAAUUAUUUUUACACAUACGCAUUUGAGUUAUGUGGUACCUCAUUAUUUAAUUUAUCUAGUAGUGAUAGAUUGUUCAAUACUUUUGAACAUAUAAAAGAAUUCAAUAAAAAAUCUGAAUUAAUAACAUCAAAUCUUUACAAAAAUAGAAAAGUAUGUGGAACAGAACACAAAAGUUCUAUUUUAACCGAUUUAUUGAUGAAAUAUAACAUCGAUCAAAUGGAUAAACUGGUUGAGGAAUCCUACGAUUAUAUUAAAUAUAUUGAUAAAGAUCUUGAAUUAUAUAUAUUAGGAAAAGUUGAAAAUUGUAUUUCAAAACUAGGUUUUGAACAACUAGACAGAACAAAUACUUUCAAGUAUAUUUAUUUCAAAUGUAGGAAGUAUGGCUAUAAGGAAGGUAUUGCAUUGUGUAAUCAUUUUAUAUCUCACGCUGGUUGGAUGUCAUGGAAACAUAUAGCUGUUGUAACUGAAUAUACAAAAGGAAAACCACUGUAUUUCCAGGAUAUUGUACUAAUAGUUGAUAAGAAUAAUUAUAAUUUCAUGAGGUCGUAUCUAGCACUUAUUUUAAGAUGUCGCUAUAUUGAAAUACUUUGUAAUUUUAAUGUAAUGUUGGAACAUAUAAUUAAUGCUUGUAAAUAUGAAAAUAAAAUUAAUUGUGCGAUUAAGCUUUAUGAAACACUUAUGUUAUCCAAUGAUAUGUUUAGAAAAAUGUUAUUUGCUCUCAUUACUUUGAGACACUACACAAUGGAUAAUAAAUGUCGACGUCAAGAAUUAUUAACAGAGAGACUGGUAGAGAUUUUUAUUGAUUUUCUUAAUGAUGUUAGAAAAAAGUAUUUUUCCACAUUGUUAUUUAUUAAUGAUGAACUUUAUGAAGCUCAAUCGUUUCUUGAAGACCUAGCACACGUUCAUACUUCUGUUUUACAGAGAAAAUUUUAUGACGUAAAUCAAUACAACAUGAAAUAUUGCAAAAUUAUAGAAUAUGAAACAGACAUAAUUACAACAUUUGAACAAUUGAUUAAAACCAAUACCUUAACAGAAUAUAGUAUUAUCCAUCAUGUUAUGUGUGAUUAUUUGGAAUCAUUUGUUUUAGAGGUUGUGAAAAAUGAUUAUGAGUAUUUAGGUUUCAAUGAUUUGUCUUUAUAUUUUGAUUAA